CUGCGACGUCAGAAAUUUUCCGCUGAGUAUCUCGGAGAUUCCUGCAGGAAAGGAUUACAUAGCUAUGAUUAUCAUUAUGACUAUGACUCAGUGUGCGCCGGUUUAUGGGAUCCCCACUUGCCGUUUGCAGGGCUAUAUAACGCGCGGCUGGUAUGCUGGUCGUUUGGGGAUCGGUUCAGGAAGGUUGAGCAUGGGAUAUUAGGGAAUGAAUGAAUGUUUAUUCGGACGCUGCUUUGUUUCAAUUACUUACUUAUUUGAUUUAAGAAGUAUUUGUUUAGGUGGACAGUAUGGUUUCGGAGAAGAAAGUUGGUGAGACGCUCUCGUCGGUUGUGCCUGUUUCCCCGGGUAGUGAGAGUCCUCGUGGGGAAUCGGUUUCCUCCCUUCACUCCGAGCAAAGAAGUCCACAGGCAGACGAUAAUGAUGGAUAUCAAUUGAUUGAAUUAGGCGACGGCCAUGUCCUGGUCGAGUUCAGUGACGGGUCUAUCAAGAACCCGAAUAAUUGGUCUACAGGCAAAAAAACAUACAUGGUCCUCGCAGCCCUAUUCCUCGUCAUGAACAGCGGCAUCUCCGCCUCCCUACCCAGCAACUGCGUCCCGGCCAUCAUGGAAGAGUUCCACAUCCAAGGCAAGGGCCAGAACGUGCUUCCCACGGCGAUCUUCCUAAUUGGAUACGUGGUUGGCCCGUUGGUGCUCAGUCCGCUGAGCGAGACUAUCGGACGAAGGCCCGUUCUAUCUUGGACGCUCACGGCUUUCGUGUUGGGGACGCUGGCUUGCGCUCUGGCGCCGAGCUGGGCCUCGCUUCUUGUCUUUCGGCUGGUGUGUGGGCUUGCUGGCGCGGCGCCGCAGACGGUUGUGGGGGGGUUGUAUGCGGAUUUGUUUGAUGAUCAGAGGACGAGGGGGAGGGUUAUGGCUUUUUAUAUGGCGGCAUCCAGCUUUGGGCCUAUUAUUGGCCCAAUUAUUUCAGGAUUCGCCGUCCAGUACGGCUGGCGCUGGACGUUCCGUAUUGAUGUUAUCCUGGCGGGUUGCUGCUGGCUUUAUCAUCUCUUCAUGUCGGAAACGUUCGCACCGGCCAUACUCAAGAAGCAAGCAGCGAAGCUGAACAAAGUGUCUGGGUCAACGUGCCAUGUCUCUAGGAAGCAGUUGCAGGCUAUCAACGCCAAGUCUAGCUUUGUCCAGACCUUUACCCGGCCCAUUACUAUGCUUGUCACCGAGCCUAUUGUGCUAUGCAGUUCGAUAUACAUCGCUCUCGCGUAUAGUCUGAUAUUCUUCUACUUUCAGGCUUAUCCGAUUAUUUUCCAGCAAACCUACAACUUCGACGAACAGAGCACAUCGCUUGCUUACAUACCUAUGGGCAUCGGCGCCGUCUGCUCGGGCCUAUUCACCUUCUACUACGACACGAUCUACGAAAAAGCCAAAGCGCGCGGCAAGCCCUGGACCGCCAGCCCCGAAAUGCAGCGCCUACCACUCUCCUGCAUCGCAGGACCGUGCCUAACAAUCAGCCUCUUCUGGCUAGCAUGGACCGCCAAUCGCAGCGUACACUGGAUGGCACCCGUUCUCUCAGGUCUUCUGUUCGGCCUCGGAUAUCAAACGAUCUUCAUCUCGCUGCUCACGUACGUCACGGACGCGUACCGCAUCUACUCGGCUAGUGCGCUGGCCGCGUCUGUCAUCCUGCGCAGUAUUGUGGGGGCGCUGUUCCCGCUGGCGGCGGAUCCGCUGUAUGCGUCGCUUGGGGUCGCGUGGGGGACUUCUGUGGUGGGGUUUAUUAGUGUGGCUUGUGUGCCGAUUCCUAUGGUGUUUCUUUAUGCUGGGCCGUGGAUACGGAAGCGGAGUCGCUUUUGUCAGCGGUUGUUGAGGGAGGAUGAGGAGAUGAAGGGGAUUGUGGGGGGAGUUAGGGGGGUGAGAGAGGUGUGAACUGAUUGGGAGAGUGGAUGUUAUGAUAAUGACUAUAGAUUGACACGUAUAGAUAGAGG